AUGUCAGGAUCAGCGCAACAAUCUUUCAGAUCUCAACUAUCUUCUUUCAGAUGGGCAAACUCGGUUCAAGAUGACUCACAGAGACCACCCGAACCGACUAAUCCUUUAGGGCGGGUGUGGAACAGUAUGAGUGGUUAUAUACCGUUAAGGAAUGAAGGUAGAAGUCAAGAAGAGGAAGCAUACUUUGCUCUGUCGCGCUGGGAAAGAUUUUUAGGCUUCUUAGCUUGUUGCGCGGGUGGAAUAGCAUGUUUCGGAGUAGCUUUCUUAUUCUUACCUAUACUGGCUAUCAAACCACGUAAAUUCGCUUUAGCAUUUACUCUAGGAAGUUUGCUGUUCAUGUUGGGGUUCGCAAUCUUACAUGGUCCAUGGAAUCAUUUAAAACACAUAAUGUCACCCGAACGACUUCCCUUCUCACUGGCUUAUUUCGGCUCACUAGGAUUGACUCUAUUCUUCGCUAUUGGAAUAAGAUCGACAUUAGGUACUUUGAUAGCUGCGAUCAUUCAAGUGGUGGCGCUAUUAUCCUAUUUGGCUGCAUAUUUCCCAGGUGGAAUAACAACGUUGAGAUUCGGUGGUCAGAUGGCUUUAAGAGGUGCAGGUAGUGUAUUACCUUUUUAG